GAGCAUCCCUCGGGCUGCCGCGGGGCCCGGCGGCGGGGGCCCCCCGCGCCCGCCCGGUGCCCUUGGGCGGCCGGGCGCUGCCAGCUGAGCGGCUUCCAGGAAAAGCGGCGGCGGCCGAGCGGGGCGGGCGCGCCAGGCCGGGGCGGGGGGGUGGCAGGAAUGUCCCCGGCGGCGGCAGAUGGCCUUUCCCGGCGUGCAUUGUUCCUCCCGGCGCCUCUUAUCCGCUGUAAUAGGAUCCCGGAGGGAGGGAUGGGGCAGGGGAAGAGCGAGGGGGGCCCCGGCGCCCCGCGGCGGGGGCGGCGGCCGCCAGCCCGGCCCGCGCCUGUCAAACGCUCCAUUGUCGCGGCGCCGCCGCCGCCGCCGCCGCCCGGGCCCCGCCGAUGCGGCGCUGAGCCGCCGCCGCCGCCGCCGACAGCCACCAGCGCUCCUAGGGCUGCGGAGCGAGGCCAGGGGCCGCUCGGGGCCCUUCCCGGGGAGACCGUCCAUCGCCAGGCCCUGCGGGCGCUGCCACCGAGCCUGCCGGCCCUCGGGCCCGCGCUGCGCCCACAGGCUCGGCUCGCCCUGCCGCCAUGGCCUCGCCGGAGGGGACGAGCGGCACCGACUGCAGCUCGGAGGACACGGAGCUCAGCAUCACCCUGACACUCCGCAUGCUCAUGCACGGCAAGGAGAUCGGCAGCAUCAUCGGCAAGAAAGGAGAGACCGUUAAGAGGAUACGGGAGCAGAGCAGCGCGCGCAUCACCAUCUCGGAGGGCUCCUGCCCCGAGCGCAUCACCACCAUCACCGGCUCCACUGACGCCGUCUUCCGGGCCGUCUCCAUGAUCGCCUUCAAGCUGGAGGAGGACCUGGGAGCGGGCAGCGCCGACGGCGGCGCGGCGGGCCGAGCGCCGGUGACGCUGCGCCUCGUCAUCCCCGCCAGCCAGUGUGGCUCGCUCAUCGGCAAGGCGGGAGCCAAGAUCCGGGAGAUCCGCGAGAGCACCGGGGCGCAGGUGCAGGUGGCCGGCGACCUGCUGCCCAACUCCACUGAGCGGGCCGUCACCGUCUCGGGGGGGCCCGACACCAUCAUCCAGUGCGUGCGGCAGAUCUGCGCCGUCAUCCUGGAGUCGCCUCCGAAGGGGGCCACCAUCCCCUACCACCCCGGCCUCUCCCUGGGCACCAUCCUGCUCUCUGCCAACCAGGGCUUUUCCGUGCAGGGCCAGUACGCCGGCGUCUCUCCUGCGGAGGUCACGAAGCUGCAGCAGCUGUCGGGGCACACGCUGCCCUUCGCCUCCCUGGGCCCCACGCCCUCCAUGCUGCCCGGGCUGGACGCCAGCUCCCAGAGCAGCUCCCAGGAGUUCCUGGUGCCCAAUGACCUCAUCGGCUGCAUCAUCGGCCGCCACGGCAGCAAGAUCAGCGAGAUCCGGCAGAUGUCGGGCGCCCACAUCAAGAUCGGGAACCAGACGGAGGGCUCCAGCGAGCGGCACGUGACCAUCACGGGCUCCCCCGUCAGCAUCACCCUGGCUCAGUACCUCAUCACCGCCUGCUUAGAGACGGCCAAAUCUACCUCCCAGGCGCCGCUGGGCCCUGGCUCCAUGGACCUCGGCGUGGGCUUCUCCCAGCCCCUCACCCCGGCCUCCGGCGCCGCACUGCCGGCCGUCGCCGCGGCCCCACCGGCGCUGCUGGGCGCCCCCUACACCAUCUCCCUCUCCAACUUCAUUGGCCUGAAGCCGGUGUCCUUCCUGGCGCUGUCCCCGUCCUCCAUGGCGGGUCCCAACGGCAGCACUGCCACCUACACCACCAAGAUCUCGGCGGCCAACGGCACCAAGAAAGCCGACAGGCAGAAGUUCUCGCCCUACUGAGCCCCUCUGCUGGGUGGGCAUGGGGGCCCCGGGUGCCCCCCGGCGCCGAGGACACUCCCGUCCUCCCGCGGGCACCGGCCGGGUCCGCCCCCGCCAGCGCCUCCGGCCUGCCGCCCUGCCGCUGCCCCCCGCGGCGGCACCCCCCAGCCGAGCGCAGCAGGGUGAGGGGCUGCCUGGCCCCCGAGCUGCCCCACGGCACCUGCCCCCCAGCAGCCCCGUCGCAGAGCCAGCCCCGGCCGGCUUGGAAAAAUGCUGUAUAUAUAAGUAUAUUUUUUCCUCCUUUGUAACUUAUCAAUGGUUUAAUAAAAAGAUAACAUUUGCGAGAAAAA